AUGACUAGCAGAGCGGCAACGUCCAAAUUGCCCGAGAUUCCAGCCCCUACGAUCGCACUGGACGAGGCACCUCUCGAGGGCGAAACGACACCAAAGGCUGUAGCCACGCAGACAAGCGACGAGGUGCCAACUUUCUCCUUGUCAGCUCCCGAUGAGCAUCUGAAUAGCUCGCACCUCGAGCCAGUGGCGAAGUCUUCCAGCCCCGGUGGACUGAGUGCCCGAGAUAGUAUGGCACCGCGACCCAAGAUUUCCAUGUCCACGCCCUCAGCCAAUUCGCGAGGUCCUAUGCCACCGCCUGCUCGUCCGGCUGUCCCGCGCAUGGGAGCACCUAGCGUAGCAUCCUCGCUGCGCAUACCUAGCACAGGCCCGUUACCCAACCGCGGUCCUCCAGCAAGUAGCCAACAGCGCGUCAGCUCUGGCCUCGCACCGAGUGGCAAUCUACUCACCCCAAACCCACGCAGCAGGAUCGUACUCACUCCCGGCCACUCGCCUAUGGACUGGGCCGCCAAAUCCCGUUCCGCCGACCUUGCUGGUGUCGGGACUUUCCUACGCGUCAAGCCCUCUCAGCUGAAGCAGAUGACUGGCCGCAAAGGUAAGCCGGCUUGGAGCAGCUGGCAGGGCAAGGUGUACAAUAUCACGCCUUACUUGCCGUAUCACCCUGGUGGUGAAGGGCAGCUCAUGAGGGCUGCGGGGAAGGAUGGCGAGCAGCUUUUCAUGGAGACGCAUCCGUGGGUGAAUUGGGAGAAUAUGCUGGGCUCGUGCUUGGUAGGGGUUUUGGUUCCUGAGGGCCAUGGGAUGGAAGGGGCGCAGCCUUCGCUUGAAGACAUGGAUUGA